AUGGCAAACACUGGUGGCCCACGUCGGUUUCUCAUCACCGGCGGGAAUGGCUUCAUUGGGUCAUAUGUCGCAAAGGUAUUAUUUGAGAAGGGCUACUAUGUUCGUAUCGCAGAUAUCAAGCAGACCUCUUACUUCAAUGAGCGCAUCUCAAAUGAGGUUCUCGUUGGAAACCUCUGCGAUCUGGUGCAAUCCACGAAGCAAAUGAUUUCCACCACGGAACGAACCCUAUAUCCCUCUGCGAGCAUGACGUAUGGUCUUCUGGGGCCCAAACCCACGAGGCUUCUAUGGUCUCGAAAAACUGAACUCCGAGUUGCUUCUGAUGGAAUACGCAUUGUUCGAUUUCAUAAUAUCUUUGGCCCAUAUGGCGCGUGGGUUGGCGGGCAUGAAAAAGUGCCUGCUGCACAGCUAAGAAAGGCGCUCGCUGCAUACAUGGAUCCUACUGCACAGCAUGAAAUCGAGAUCUGGGGAGAUGGGAAGCAGCAGCGAAGCAUCGACAAUUGCGUCGAAGCGAUUCUCCUUGAAUCCGACUGUAGCGAACCAAUCAACAUUGGAUCUGACUGUUCGGUGACCAUCGAUGAUCUCACGAAAAUUGCCGUGCAAUCUGCAGGCAUGGACGUAGGAGAUGUCCGUUUCAGAUACAUGGAUUAUUCUCGUCCUGUCGGCGUCCAUUCCCGCAAUUCAAACAAUGAGUUCAUCACGAAAACAUUGAGCUGGACUCCAAAGAUAUCCCUCGAGGCCGGUAUGAUGAAGACCGUGAACUGGAUCAGAGGGGAAAUGGAGAAGAUGCUUGAUGGCACUGAUAAGACUGCCCGAACAGAACUUCUGAGCAGUUUCAGAACGAGCAAGGUCGUAUACUUGAAUCGUCCUAGCAUUACAUUCGCUAUCCUACUCCCCAUCACAUCCCGUGGUCUCGAGGGACCCGAGAAGAGCCUCAAAAACCUUCGAACCUUCGCAAAAUCCCUUGCACGCACUACUUGGCGUGACACCCGUGAACUUGGACUCGUCCACUUUCAGGUGAAGAUAUACCUGGGAAUUGACGCCGACCACGAAUUUCUCUUGCGUCGUGCGGGAAACGGCGAAAUGUUAAACAUCGAAUUACUCUUAUCAGAGGAGGGAAUCAUGGAUGUUUCUACCGAGAUCUGCAACGUACCCCACAGUCAUGUAUGUGCCAUUUGGCGCCAGUGUGCACGUCGGGCUUGGAAGGAAAAGGCGGACUAUUUCGUUCUAAUGGGUGAUGAUGUCGUUCUCCUCGAUGAAGGCUGGAUGGGAGACAUCCAUGAACAGUUCACGCUGAUUGCACAACACAAACAUGUCCUUCAAGGUAUGGGAUGCGUCGCCUUCACAGAUGUGACUUUUCCCGGAAUGCCCACAUUCCCCGUUAUCCACCGCACUCAUAUGAAUGCCUUUGGCAGCCAAGUCAUACCCAAUGUUUUUAUUAAUCAAGAUGGAGACCCAUUCCUCUUCCAGCUGUACCGCAAAUGGGGCUGCUCCAGAAUGAUACCAUCAAGACUUUGCAACGGCAUUGGCGGAAGCCUACCUGCACGAUAUAUCCAACAAUAUGCAGAUGGAUGGACGUUCAGUCCGUUGGCUGAGGCAGCUUCAGCACUGGAAACAUCGUUGGCGACAUCUUUCCCGGCCGCUAUCUACCGGGUUCUGCUCCCUUUCCUCGAUGCCAUCCUUGCCCUCAAGGGGUCUUCAACUUGUGAAACUAUGUUCAUCAUCAUCAUCGACAACUCACACUGCCCUAAAACCACCGAGCUAGAAGCAAAAUAUGCCCAUCGCCCAGACAUCCGCAUCAAUGAAAGUAAUUUUCGCGCCUUGGCGUCACGAAACAGGAAUCUGCCGGUUCUAUUCCUUGAUGAUGAUGUCACACCUCAAGAUGACAUCCUGAUCGAGGCUAAGAAAGCCAUUCGUGCGAAUCCACAGGCUGCUGGUUUCAUUGGAAACACCUAUUUCCCAGUUGCCAGCACUGUCUUCACCAAUGCCGUUCAUCUUGCUGGCGUGACUUACUUCUGGGACAUCGCUGCAAAAAUGCCAGAGAACGAGAGUGACAUGCCCUGGGGUGUCACCGUGUCACAGUCAAUCUCAUCGCCCGCCGUGUUCAGGACGUUCCCGAAAACAGGCGGAGGAGAAGACAUUGAUUUCUGUCGGAAGAAGCGCGACUUCUCUGUUGCUCAUGGGGGCGAAGGAUUUUAUCCUGCUCCUCACUCAGAGGGCUAG